AUAAUUUGCUAUUGAAUUGAUGAAAGACGAAUGCAGAAAGCAUGGAGUCUGGACUGAUAAUCAACAAGGUUUACGAAGAAAAGCAUGGUGUCUAUUCUCACAAUCAGUGGCAACCUUCUCGUGAUCACAUCUAUUGUAUACUUCAGACAGCUUCACACUCCAACCAACUAUCUCAUCCUCUCACUUGCUGUGGCUGAUCUGCUGGUUGGCGCUCUGGUUUUGCUCUUUAACAUGGCUCUCACUGUACAAUCAUGCAUUUACUUUGAAGAUUUAGUCUGUAAAAUGCGACGAAGUUUGGACAUUUCACUAAUGACUACAUCUAUUCUUAAUCUGUGCUGCAUCUCCAUCGACAGAUAUUAUGCAGUCUGUCAACCUCUAACAUAUAGAACAAAAAUGAAUGUUACUGUUGUUUCCAUUAUGAUUCUGUCAAGCUGGACUAUUUCAUCCCUGUCAGGAUUUGGUAUCAUAUUUGUGGGACUUAGAAAUACUGUUUGUGAAGGAAGGUGUUUCAUAUUUCAUAUUCCGAAUUCCAAUGUGAUUGGCACUGUUGUUUCGUUUUAUUUACCCGUCUUCAUAAUGCUUUGUAUUUACCUUAAGAUUUUCUCUGUGGCAAAAAAACAGGCACGCAGCAUCCAGGGCACAAAGGCUGGAGCAACAACCAUUAAGAUGGAGAGAAAGGCCACCAAAACCCUUGCUAUUGUUAUGGGAGUAUUCCUUUUCUGUUGGACCCCUUUCUUUAUUUCUAUAACUUUUAACCCUUUGUCGAAUUAUUCAAUUCCAUCACCAGUGACUGAAACUCUUGUCUGGCUUGGAUGGUCAAAUUCGAUGCUAAAUCCAUUUGUUUACUGCUACUUUUACAGCUGGUUCCGAACUGCUUUCAGAAUAAUCAUCUCUGGCAAAAUACUUAAUAGCAACUAUGCAAAUAUACAGCUCUCAUAA